UGGCAGGAAAGCAGGGAGGAGAAAAUUACCUAAGUGAUAGCGAGGUUGCCAUGAACUCUAUAAAACCGUGGGAUCGAAUCAGGCAAACUCCACCUCGCCGUCUUGAACCAAUGCACAACUCCUGACUUGAAACCCACCCCAGCACCGAGUGAGCUCAGGGACUUGAACUCCAACCAAGCACAUGAGCUCAGCAGUGCUGCAGAGCUGAACCCACGAGCGGUCCCAGCAGCACCCAGAGUUACGGGGAGCCCCGAGUCGGAAUGCUGUGCAGGGGAAGCGUGCACAUGAUGAAGUGGAGGCAGCUUUUCUGGAUCGCGUUCUGCCUUGUGAAGUUGUCUGGUUCCGCUGCUGACAGCCCCACAGACAGCUUAACUGCUGUGUCCUUGGCCGUGGCAACAGCACAGAGCAGCACUGGCAGUAUGGCACCCACCGGCGUCAUGGGCAGCACUGCACCGACACAGGACAGCAAUCCUGCCACUACUCAACCCACAUCAGGCAGCCCCAGCUCCCCAGGACUCAGCAGUGAGCACAGCCCUCAGUCCAGCACCCAUCCCAGCGCCCAUCCCAGCACCCAGAGCAGCACUCAGACCAACCAGACCCCCACACCGCUGCUGGACAACCAUCCAGAGGACACAAGCAGUGAGGCACCCACCACGCUGAGCCCAACACCGCACCCCAGAACAACAGCAGCUGCACACCCAUCUGCAUCAACACUGCUCAGCUCCACAGCCACCCCCAGACUGACGGCGGUCUCAGAGGCCACAACACAGCUGCACACAUCUGGUGGUGUCAGCAAGCCCAUCACGUGCCACAACAUCAAAGAAGUGAGAGACGGCGGAGCCCUCUGCCUGCGGCUCAACGAGUCCCACACCUGUAAACAUUUUUUGGAUACGAAAGGCUCGGAUUUAUGGAGCGCAAUCUGUGAAGAGGAUGCUCACCGUGUGCCCCCACCCUGCCAGAUCAAACUCGCCACGUCUGAGGUGGACCAGGAGUGCCUGCUGCUCGUCCUCGAUGGGAACACAGAUCCUGCUAUGGAUGUGCUCCGGGAGUCUCAUUGGGAAAAGUUCGGAAUCAAAUCCCUCGAACGGGGCAGCGUGCGGAGCCAUCAGGACUUUUCUCGGAAGACACUGACGGCUUUGGUCACCUCCGGGCUCCUGCUGGCAGCUCUGGGCAUGGCUGGGUACUUCCUGAUGCGGCGGCGGAGCUGGAGCCCCGCGGGACAGAGGCUGGAUGAAGACCACUACGACCUGGAGACUGGCAGCCAGGGCAGCCCUGCACCGCAGGAGAAGCCGAGUGCCAACGGGGCACAGGAGAACGGUGCAUCCCGGAACGGCCGCGGCACCGCGCAGAGCCUGGCCGACACCUCCAUGUGACACCACGAGUGCACGAGUGCCUCACAUUGAACUUUUUCAUCUUUUUUUUUUUUUUUAUAUUCUUUUUUCUCGUUUCUGUGAAGAACUUCACCGUCUCCCCGAAGCACGUUGCGCUCCAGCGCUGCUUGGGGCCGUUUCUCUGCUCUCCCUCCUUCUUCCAAUGACUGCACAGGGAACUUCUUUACUGCCAUCCUCUGCUUUUGUUGUUAAAAGCACACGGUGAGAAAUGCAGCUGAGCAGAGGAGGCUGAAGCCACGAUCCGAGUUGCAGCGUUGAUCUGAGCACCAGCAGCCCCAGGAUUUGGUGGUACCGUGAUUUAAAUAGUUAGAUUGGGAUUCCAGUGACACGAACCUUUCAGGUUUCAGGGAUUUAUGUUUUUUUAUCUCGUCUUUAAGCACAGGACGUCUUCCUCCUUUAAAAGCAUGGGGUGUUUAAUCCCCUCCUCACCCUUUGUGCCAUCUUUGACAUUCCUUCGUCUCUUAGAAUGUACUGAAGCUCUGUGCAACACUCCCAACGUGGCAUUGAAGGCUGAAAUACAAACAGACCUUGAGCUCUGCUGACCCCACCGGGGUGCAAGUAGAUGUUUUAGAGUGUUUUGGGUCUCGCCCAUCUCCCAGCUUGGAGAUGGCAUUAACACCGCUGUAGUGAUCCAUCAUCACGUGGUCCCAUCACCUCACCCUACAAAAUGGAGCUUUGGCCUCCAUAGGACUUUGGGAACAGAAGAUGCCAAAGGGCUCCUGGUCAGACAUCUGCUGGACUCUGUGAUGGACGUUUCCAUUCAGACAAAAACAAAGCAUUUUUACUUUACAGUAACAAAAAGCCAAUGCUGAAAUGCCAAUAACAGGAGCAAACCGAGCGCCGUUCCCCUGUGAACUGCUUCUCCCAGCCCUCAUUUUAAUCAUCUCAGUGAAAAAAAAAAAAAAAAAAAAAAAAAAAAAAAAAAAAAAAGAGAAAAAAGAAGCAUUAGAAAUGAGUGUCCUCAGAGCCGCCGCGUGUUCAUCCCGCUGGGACGUGGGGCUCAGGACCACACCUCAGUGAGCCCUUGUUUUGCAGCACAACGUGAUGACUCAAAGCUGUCCGACACGUCUGCUGGACGAGUGACGUGCAUCAAGUUAUUAAACGGCGUUUGUUUGAUUUUCUGA